AUGUCAUUAUCAAGGAGACCGUCCACGAGACGAUCUACCUCUCUAUAUAGUCGUUCUAGACAAGAAACGCCGAAAUCAUAUGACCAAACUUCAGACGUUACCGAUCUCGAUUCUGACGUGUCAGCAACUUAUGAAGAAGAGGACGACGAAGAAACGGAAGAAACGAUUAAAUUAGAAGACAAUACAUAUCAAUCGGAAGAAGAGGAUAUAGAAGAUGAACAAGAGGAUAUGUUGGAAGAACCGGAAGAAGAGGAAGAAGUUGAAGAACAUGAAGAAGAUUUAGAGGUACCAAUUGAUGAUGAUAUAGACAUAGAAAUGGAAGAUGCUGACGAUGCUACUCCUGAAGGUGAGAUAUCCUGCGACACCCCUUUCCUUUAUAUAACCUAUCCUUGCAUUACUGAAAUAUCUUCCUCUUCGCAUGGCAAUCGAAUACUUACAAAGAGACAACGAGCAAAACUUAAUGAAAAUUAUCCACAGGAUCUGUUACAACUCCCAAUGGAGCCAAUGAAAAAAAAACAUAUGACCGAGGAAGAAAUCGCUUUGAAAAAGUCUGAGAUCGCGAGACGAAGAAAACAUCAGAGUAUACAGCGCGCAGAACAAGAUAAAAUGGAUACAAUUAAUCGUCUUUUGAAGAAACAAUCUACAAAAAGACGAACAAGAGAUCAAGAUGAUACAGAUAGUGUACAGAAUGAUUCUAGUAGUACAAGUUCAUUGCCACCUUCAUCACUCCACUAUGUGAAUAAUGCUGAAGGCGCAACUUUAUCAUUUCCGAUCGGGUCUGACAUACAGAUACAAUGCGAAAAGGGGCCAAAAUAUCCUCCACCCGUUCCAAAUUGUGCAUUUCCUGGUUGUAAUGUUCCAAAGAGAUAUUGUAGUGUCAAAACCUUUAAAUAUGCUUGUUCAAUGGAUCACUUACAUAAAUUAGAAUCCAAAGGAUAA